AAGAAGUUGAAGAAGAAGAAGACCCUCUCUCGAUCUCUCCCCUACGAAGAAGAAGAGGAGGAGGACGAGGAAGCGGAAGAGGAAGGUGUAGAAACUGGCUCGCCACCGCGAUUGAUCCUUCCAUUAUUUUUGUACUGGGACUUCCGGAUUUGGCCCAAUUUCCACGGCAUUUACUUUUCCGACCCAGAAGAAGGAGGAAAAGCCUUUUCGAUCGCGUCGGGCUUCGUGCUGAUCCGCCCCACAAAUUUGGACUCGACCUUCACCUGACAACGGGUUAUUGAGUUGCAUGGAGAAGCCGAUUCAUCUCAUUCCGAUUCAGUUGCAGUUCAAUAUUUCAGUUUAUAUUUUUUCGACAGGAUUCCUCCUCCUCUUUCCUGUCGCAUGGCUGAGUGGAAAUAUCGUACGUGGUGACGCAACGUAAACAAUUCGAUGUUUCCGGGGAGUGGCGAAAUUUAGCAAUUUUUGGCCGUGUUGAAAUUGGCGUAAAAUUUUGAGGUUGGUUGCAAGCGCCGGGUGUAUUGUGUCAGUACUACUGGAGAAUUUGGUCUUCUUAGGUAUGCAGGCUCGGGUUUUUCUGUUCUGAUUGAUUGGAGUGGACUUUGGCACGCAAGGUGUCUCACGUUGCGGCGUUCGUGACCUUGGUCCGCAUGUAUGAUUGGCGGUUAGACCGGACAUUUUAUGGAACUGAAUUGCCUUGGAGGGCUAGGUUGGCGGCGUCUACGUGGUGACAAAUCUAGGGGAAGUAGUCAAAGGCCUUGCUGGAUUGUUAUGAAAGUUGGAAUUUUUGUAGGUGAGGAGGUUUUGAGAGCAUGCGUAGGGUGCUGAAGCUAGCAGAACCUUGGCUGCCGGACAAAGAGGUAGAGUGUAAGACAAGGGUGGUACAGCCUACUGGCUGCUUUAAAUUAUGUUCCACAAGAAUGAAACUUUAAGAGGCGUCCAGCACGAAGUGGAGCUGCCUGAUUAUCAUGAACUUCAUGGAGGCGAAGAUUCUGCAGGUCCUCCUGAUUUCUUUGGAGCUGAAACUUUCAAGUCGGGCGGUGUAACUGACCUUGACGAGUUCUUCCAGCGAGUUUAUCAAUAUUACUGCGAUAAAGGCUUCUGGUGUAUGUUCACUAAGUGGUUGUGUGAGCUUGUCUCAUUGGGGUUUACAAUCGGCUUCUCCGGUUUUCUGGUAUUGUUUGUAAAUUGGCAAGGUUUACUCAGUGCCAAGUGCGGUAUUGAUGCCAUCAACGAAGGAAAUUUUCACAAUUGCGACCUUGUAAAAGAGGCUCUGUACGAGCAUCCUUUAACUCCAUUUACUCUCGUCAAAUUCUUCUUCGUCACCUACCUUGUGCUUUUCUCGUUAUACUGGUUAUUCUGCUUCCUACGUUUUUUUGCUCAACUGCGCGAUAUUCUUGAGGUUCGACACUUUAUACAUAAUAGCCUUGGGGUCACAGACAAUGAAUUGCAAACAAUGGCCUGGCCAACACUGGUCGACAAAAUUGUACAGGUGCAGCAACAUGAACGGCUCUGUGUUGUGCGACCGCUUUCGGCUCAUGACAUAGUUAGCCGUAUUAUGCGGAAGGAGAACUAUCUGAUUGGCCUGCUGAAUAAAGGGGUGUUAGGUCUGGAUCUGCCCUCGUGGGUACCUGGUGCAAGGCCCAUGCUUAACCAUAACAACAAGCGGCUAGUUUUGACGAAUAUGGUUGAAUGGAGCCUCAAUUGGUGCAUUCUUCAACACAUGUUUGACAGCAACUUCUUGAUACAUCGAGAUUUCACAAGUAAUCCUGCACGCCUACGAAAGAGACUGGUGGUGCUGGGCGUCUCCAUGUUUCUCCUGUCACCUUUCUAUGUAACCUUUAUGUUCUUCUACUUCCUACUUCGGAAUGCUGAAUUAUUCUAUCAUAACCCUGCUUCAAUGAGUUCUAGGCGGUGGUCGAAUUUAGCAGAGUGGAGCUUUCGAGAAUUUAAUGAGCUGGAGCACAUGUUCAAGCAUCGUCUGAAUUCAAGCUAUAAGUACGCUGUGGAAUAUUUGAAGCAGUUUCCUUCACCUAUAAUCAACACGAUUGCAAAACUUGUCUCGUACAUAGCAGGUGCAUUUGCAGCUGUUAUCAUUCUUAUCUCCCUCAUCGACGAAUCCCUUUUAGAAGGACACAUUGGAAGACACAAUUUGAUCUGGUAUACAGCCUUCUUUACAACAGCCUUGGUGGUGAGUAGGUCGUUGAUCACGGAGGAAUAUCAGGUCUUUGAUCCAGUGGGAGUUAUGCGACAGAUUACGAGCCAUACGCAUUACAUGCCAAAACACUGGCGAGGUGCUGAAAACACAGAGACUGUUCGUUUAGAGUUUGAGGGUAUGUUCAAGUAUAACGCCGCGCUAUUCUUUGAAGAGAUUAUAUCUAUCUUUGUUACACCUUUCAUUCUCGUUUUCGCAUUACCAAAGUGUGUGGAAGAUGUGCUGCUGUUUGUACAAGAUUUCACUGUCAAUGUAGAGGGUGUCGGCCAUGUCUGCAGCUUGAGUGUCUUCGACUUUGAGCAUCAUGGAAACUCCAAGUAUGGAUCUCCUUUUCACACACACAAAGGCCGGCGCAGUUCACAAGGCAAAAUGGAAAAAUCUUUCAUAAGCUUUAAAGCCAACUAUCCCAAUUGGGAACCAGAUGGAAACGGCAAACAGUUCAUGUCUAUGCUGACAGAUUUCCGUGUACGGAAUGAAGAAAAUGAUCUUGCAAUGGGUCAGCUGCUUUCAUCUCUUCAGCUAGUUCAACCUCUCAAUCGACUCAGACCUUGGGAAAUGCCGGUGUCUGCAAUUUCCUAUCACGCGUCCUCAGGCAGCUCACCCGUACGAGAUAGGUCGAGACAAUCCGUUUCUUUCACUCACUAUUCUGAGAAUGAAAAACCUUGUGAUCAACGAAGGAAGGAACGCUACGGAAGUCCUAUUGCUGGGAGUUCCGACCAUGUACAUCGGUUGGACAAGUUUUACACAGCAUCACAUUCGCCACAAAAUUUGGAGUUGGGACAGAAUGAUAGACAUAGGAAAGGCAGGGGAAUGACAGCAGAUGGUUUCGAUUCCAGGUAUGGAAAUAUUGAUGAGAGGUUACCUACUAGGAGUGAUGAUUCGGAGACAUUAAGCAAAGUAGGAUUGUACUUGCCACCUUCCACACGAGGGAUCGUUGGGAACCAGGCAGUUAGUCAAGUGCCAUUUGAAAGGUGGUGGGCGCGUAAAGGCCCUGGUUCAUCAGUCGCACCUGGAGAAAGCUCUUUCGAGCCUCCGAUGUUUGAUAGAGGUCAUAUAUAUGAAAGCCAGGAUGAUGUUUAUGAAAGUGAGGAGGAUCAUGACCGGGAUUGGUCAUCGCAACAGCACAUUAGGGAGGCAUUCGAGAGCAGCCAAAUUUCGGAGGAUGAGGGUCUAAAUUUGGAGUUUCCAUUUGGAGAUGUGUACCGAAAUCCCGUAGGAGAGCCUGCUUUGUACACAAGGGAUGGUGCUGUGGGACCAGAAAGUAGGCCGUAUUGACCUAGUUCUUGUUGCGUAUUAACUUUUGAAGUCUUCUAGAAUACUGCUGAAGGGACAUACAAGUAUUGUUAACAAGUCGUUCGUACUGAAUGUCUUGCAGAGCUUGAGGCAGCCAGGACGUCUUGGUUGAAAAGAAUAAUUGAUGCUUCCACAUGAUUAAAUCCAGUGAAGAACUGUGUUGGUACACGACUUUGUGUUUUGUGUAAAACUUAAUCAUUCUUUGAAUACUUGGGAUCUCACGAUCGGGAGCUGCUAGCAGAGGACUUCAUUGUAACCUUUCCUGUGCACGGCUGUGUAUCCAGCUUUCUAUCACGGAGGUAGAAAAAAGACAAGCUUCGCUGCAUGCUUGGUACAAAAGUUUAUGUUGAGGAACAUCACGCUCCAUCUGUUUCACACGGCUGAUUGUUUCAUUCAUUCAAGCAUCUACAUGGCUUGCUACACCGUCGUUGCGUUUCGUUCCCUAGGUCUGUUGGCGUGCUAUCGAGAAGCAGUUAUUAACACAUUAUUAUGUUAAUGGAAUUUAUUUUGGUGCCCGAUCGGGCCUCACUUUGCUCCCCAUCUAGUCUUAAUAGUUAAUUAGUUUUCACUCACCAAAUGAUAUCAUUUUUGUUUUUAGAUUAUGUAGUGCAGGUGGGUGCCAUGUCAAUCUCCAUAUCUGAUAGUGUGAUCGCUCACGUCGUUUUAAGCGUCUGCGUUAUGUGGACUGGCUUGGUUCGGGAACACCCAUUUUGUUAGUUUGUAAUCAUUAAGCAAAAUUGAGUCAAUAUUGCAUCUUUAUUGUCUCAUGACAUUUUGCUACGUA